AUGGGUAUGAGCCAAGGUGCGAACAUAUUCGGUUUUCGGUGGACAUCGUGCACUCGGAGAUGCUUGGCAACAAUGCAGGCAAUUGGAUUGAGCGGAACGGAGAACGCGAUCGUAGCCAAUGAACGAGUUGGUGUUGACUCUGGUCUGAACGCAGGAACGAAUGGUCUCGGCUUGGGAAGCCUUUUACAGAACACUCAAGACUCUAAUCCAAUGCAUCCUGGUGGCCAGCUUGGCAACUUCCUUGACAAUAUUAGGAGGUUCUUUGCUUCUCUAGGCAAGACUAUAUAA